AUGGCUCCUCCAAAACCUCCAAAUCCUUCUUCAAAGGAAAUUUUGGAAGAAGCUAUCAACAUCUCAACUCAACAUCUCAACAAUGCAAUGGCUGAAACUCAAGAACAAAUGGAUGUUAGGUUUGCACAAAUUUCAGAAACUAUAGCACAACAAGUGGGUGAACUACAUUCAAGGUUUGAUAAUGAAAAAGAGGUGGAAGAUUCUAGGUUUGAAUCUCUCAUGGCUGCUCUUAAAAGCAUUUCAAUACACCCUUCUCAACUUGCUGCUGCUGUUUCUGCACAAACAGCAACCUCCUCCGGUAAGGAACCACUAUCAUCUAGUAUUUCUUUUGGAUCUCCACCAUUUACUCAUGUUUUUACAUCAGCUCACACACCAACUCGAUCCUCUACCACACCCAUACCUGUCACCACUCAGCCUGCUGUCUACACCCCCACCAUCCUCACCACAAAUCCACCGUCACACUCAGCUGUUCCCCACACCACUCCCAUACCGAUGCAUCUUACAGCACCGCCCCAAAAUCCCCCUUUCCCUCCUUAUACCCCAUUAUUACACACUCAGCCAGUUUUUACUGCACAUACAACACCCUAUCCCUUUCCACCUCAAACUCCUUUCCAUUUACCCCACCAUAAUAUCCCACCCUUACCCCCUAUGAGAUCCCCAAAACUGGAAUUACCACUUUUUGAUGGCUCAAACCCCUUGGAAUGGUUAUUUCAAGCUGAGCAAUUUUUUGGAUUUUAUAACCUUCCACCGGAAAAUCGUUUAUCACUCACUUCAUUCUAUAUGAAAGGAGAUGCUUUAGGAUGGUUUAAAUGGAUGUUUCAAAAUCGAUUGUUGACGGAUUGGAAUUCUUUUACUAGGGCUUUAGAAUUAAGAUUUGGUCCUUCUUCAUUUGAAAACCAUCAAGCUGAAUUAUUUAAAUUAAAGCAAAAUGGUUCUGUUAUGGAAUAUCAAACCAAGUUUGAGCAGCUUGGUAAUAAGGUUGUGGGGCUGCCAGCAGAGGCCAUUUUAAACUGUUUUAUUUCUGGGCUACAGCAGGAUAUUCAAAAUGAGUUAGCUAUACAUAAACCUACAUCAAUUUCACAUGCUAUUGGCUUGGCUAAGCUGAUCGAAGCUAAGCUUAAGGACUCCAAAAACAGAUUCCCCAAACAGUUUUCUACAACCUAUCAAAAACCCACCUUCACUAGUUCAAAUCCUCAACCCAGCAAAACCACAAACAAUGCCCAACCAGCCACCAUUUUUCCUCAAAAACCACCCUUGCCCCAUCAACCCAAAGUCCCUAUCCGAAAAUUAACCCAAGCCCAACUUCAGGAGCGACGCGCUCAAGGCCUAUGUUUUAAUUGCGAUGAAAAAUUUUUUACAGGCCACAAAUGCUCAACAAGCAGAUUUUUCAUUCUAGUGGCAGAUGAUGACAUGAAUUCAGAUUUACCAAAUGUGGAAGAACAACCAGAAGUUAAUAUUGAACCAGAUUUUGUGGAUACCUACUUUCAACUCUCGCCUCAAGCGGUCACAGGGCAAUUUUCACCACAGACCCUCAAAUUCAAAGGGUCCAUCGCGGGUCUUUCUGUUAUGGUUUUGGUGGAUACAGGCAGUACCCAUAAUAUUAUGCAGCCCCGCAUUGCUCAUCACUUGAAUCUUACCACUACUCCUAUCAAUCAAUUUUCAGUAAUGGUGGGAAAUGGCUCUCACUUACAAUGUGAAGGAAUAUGUGAUAAUGUGGAAAUCAUGCUUCAAAACAAACCUUUUAAUUUACCAUUUUACUUAUUGCCUAUUGAAGGGGCAGAUGUUGUGCUAGGCAUGGCUUGGCUCAGGACUUUAGGACCUAUUCAAGCUGAUUUUUCUAUCCCAUCCCUUACUUUUCAACACCUUACAAAACCCAUUACACUGACCGGCGACCCAACACCCUUUCCAACCCACACCUCUUUUCAUCAACUCAAACAGCUUAUCCACACAGAUGCAGUUGCAUCCUUUCACUUGCUACUUAUGGAACCAACAAACCCUCUAAUUCCAACACCUAACCCACCUCCCCCAAACUCUGUUACGCUUCCGUCCCAAAUUACCCAACUUCUAACCAAAUUUCAGUCAAUCUUCCAACAACCCAAAGGCCUUCCCCCACCAAGAACCCAUGAUCACCACAUUAACCUAUUGCCCAAUACCCCCCCUAUCAAUGUAAAACCAUACCGCUACCCCCACUCAAAGAAAGAUGCCAUGACACUUUUAAUUAAACAAAUGCUUGAAGAUGGAACUAUCAUUUCUAGUACCAGCCCGUUUUCAUCCCCCGUUUUACUAGUCAAAAAAAAGGAUGGCACUUGGCGUUUUUGCGUUGAUUAUCGCGCAUUAAAUGCUGUAACUAUUAAAGAUAAAUUCCCAAUCCCAACUAUUGAUGAACUCUUAGAUGAGUUAGGAUCAGCUACUAUUUUUACAAAGAUAGAUUUGUGUUCAGGAUACCAUCAGAUCAGGGUUGCAUCAAGGGAUACACAUAAAACAGCUUUUCGAACUUUUGAUGGGCAUUAUGAAUUCCUAGUUAUGCCCUUUGGGUUAACUAAUGCUCCUUCUACAUUCCAAUCAGCUAUGAAUGAUCUAUUAAGGCCUUUCCUACGGCGUUUCGUCUUAGUUUUCUUUGAUGACAUUUUAAUUUAUAGUUCCAAUUUCACUCAACAUGUUGAACAUUUGCAGGUUGCUUUUAAGUUACUAAAGGAUCACUCCUAUUUUGUGAAGUUAUCUAAGUGUGUGUUUGCAGCUAAGCAGAUUGAUUUCCUAGGGCAUGUCAUUUCAGCGAGUGGUGUUGCACCCGAUACAGAAAAAGUAAAAGCUAUUCUAGACUGGCCAACGCCACGUUCACUCUCGACACUCCGUGGUUUUCUAGGGCUCACCGGAUUCUAUCGUCGAUUCGUUAAAGAUUACGCCACACUCGCCGCUCCUCUCACCGAUUUGUUGCGUUCCACUAAGUUUACAUGGAGUACAGAGGCCGAUGCGGCCUUUACAAAUCUGAAAAGGAAAAUGACCGACAUGCCGGUCUUAGCUCUACCUAACUUUACAAAGCAUUUCAGCAUAGAUACAGAUGCUUCAGGAGUUGCAAUUGGCGCCGUGCUGUCUCAGGAAGUGCAAUGCUUAGUGAACAAGUAUACCUCAUGGAGUAAGUCUUAUGCAUGCUUUUGUAAGCUGGAUCUUUGCAUGGCUAUGUGUGGCAAUGUGUUGGUGUUGUGGAAUUUAUGCUGCAGCAAGAAUGUACAUGCAUGCCCAUGA